AUGUUCCUGCUGCUCCUGCUGCUGCUGCUGCUGCUGCUGCUGCUGCUGCUGCUGCUGAUGGUGCUAGUGCUGCUGCUGCUGCUGCUGGUGCUGGUGCUGGUGCUGCUGAUGGUGGUGCUGGUGCUGCUGGUGCUGCUGCUGCUGAUGGUGGUGGUGGUGGUGCUGCUGGUGCUGGUGUUGGUGCUGCUGGUGGUGCUGCUGGUGGUGCUGCUGGUGCUGGUGUUGGUGCUGCUGGUGGUGCUGCUAGUGGUGGUGGUGGUGGUGGUGCUGCUGGUGCUGGUGCUGCCGGUGCUGCUGGUGCUGCUGCUGGUGUUCUUUCUCCAAAAGAAGGCACACGAUAACCACCAUCCAACAGACCCAGAUAACCAGCAGCAAAUGGUGGUGUUGCUGCUCGUGCUGGUACUGUUGCUAGUGAUGCUGUUGCUGCUGUUUCUGCUGCUGCAGCUGCUGUCGCUGCAGUUGCAGUUGCGCCAGCAGCAGCAGCAGCAGCAGCAGCAGCAGCAGGAGCAGCAAACGCCCGCCCGGUGCAGCUCAACGACACAGUUGAGUGCUGUCUGCAGCAGCAGCAGCAGCAGCAGCAGCAGCAGCAGCAGCAGCAGGAGCAGCAGUAAGAACAUGCGGAGCAGCAGCAAACAAGGACACAGACACAGCAGAAGCAGCAGCAGAAACAGCAGCAACAGAAACAGCAGCAACAGAACGAGCAGCACCAGCAACAGCAAAAACAGCAGCAGCAGCAGCAACGGCACAAACUGCAGCAGUGGAGCAAGCAGCAACAGCAGCAGCAACAGCAGCAGCAGCAGCAGCAGCAGCACUAACCUGUCCCCCGAAGGAGCAGAGGAUCCCCUGGGGUCUUUCCUUUUCUAUCACCUCCGUCACAAACUGCGGCGUCACCGGCACAAAGUACACCUGCAGCAGCAGCAGCAGCAGCAGCAGCAGCAGCAGCAACAGCAGCAGCAGCAACAGCAGCAUCAUCCUUUGCAGCAACCUCCUUCUUCUUUUUCUUCACAGCAGCAGCAGCAGCAGCAUUCGCAUCCUCCUUCUUCCUUUUCCUUUUCUCCACAGCAACAUCAGCAGCACCAGCAACAGCACCAACACCAGCAGCAGCAACAGCAGCAGCAGCAACAGCAGCAGCAGCAGCAGCAACAGCAGCAACAGCACCAACAGCAGCAGCAGCAGCACCAACAGCAGCAGCAGCAACAGCAGCAGCAGCAGCAGCAGCAGCAGCAGCAUACUCUAUGCGCCAUUUGCUUCGACGUUUCCCCCCGCUGCCUGCAGCAGCAGCAGCAGCAGCAGCAGCAGCAGCAGCAGCAGGAGGGGGAGGAGGAGGGAGGGCAGCAGCAGAAAGAACGGUCCAGGAACAGCAACAGCAGCAGAAACAGCAGCAAACGCAAGUACACACGCAGAGGUGCAGCAGCAGCAGUUGCAGCAGCAGCAAUUGCAGCAGCAGCAGUUGCAGCAGCAGCAAUUGCAGCAGCAGCAACAGCAGCAGCAGCAAUAGCAGCAGCAGGCGGCAAAGAGAAGAAAUUGCAGCAGAAGAGCAGCAGCAGGAGAAACGGGAGCAGGACAGCAAGCAGCAGCAAUAGCAGCAGCAGCAAUAGCAGCAGCAGCAACAGCAGCAGCAGCAACAGCAGCAGCAGCCAUAGCAGCAGCAGGCACCAAAGAGAAGAAAUUGCAGCAGAAGAGCAGCAGCAGGAGAAACGGGAGCAGGACAGCAGCAGCAACAGCAGCAGCAGCAGCAGCAGCAGCAGCAAGUGGAAGAGUAAGAGAAACAAAACAGAGAAACAUAUAAAAACCAGCAGCAGAAACAAAUGUGAAGCAGCAGCAAGGUCAAAUAAGCAGCAGCAGCAGCAGCAGCAGCAGCAGCAGCAGCAGAGAAAAAGCAAACAGCAGACGAAACAAAACGCAGCACAACCACCACCACCACCACCACCACCAGCACCAGCACCAGCACCAGCAGCAGCACCAGCAGCAGCAGCAGCAGCACUUGCUGCUGCUGCUGCUGCAGCCGUUGCUGCUGCUGCUGCUGCUGCUGCUGCAUGCAUGCACAGCCAGCAGCAAGUGGAAGAAGAAUCUAUAAACUCCCCAAAUAAAAAAAACGUAUCGGUAGGGCCCCCUGAAGCAAAUAACACAACAGCAACAGCAGCAGCAGCAGCAGCAGCAGCAGAAGCAGGGCAGCAGCAGCAGCAGCAGCAGCAGCAGAUCCAGCAGCAGCAGAUGCAGCAGCACCAACAGCAGAUCCAGCAGCAGCAGAUGCAGCAGCACCAACAGCAGAUGCAGCAGCAGAUGCAGCAGCAGAUGCAGCAGCAUCACCAGCAGCAGCAGCAGCAGUAG